CUGAAAUAAGGAAGAGUUUAAUCCUGUACGCUUCCGGUUCAAAGUAGCGUGCCGAUGCCGCAUCAUCAGUUUGAACUGUGAAUCAUUGAUAGGACAUACGCUAAAGAGCAAGAGAGAUAAUGGCUGAAAAGACUGAUCCCCCUGUCAUUCUGGGUCGUAAUUUACGGGGAGCCUUAACACAACAUUGUGGGUCUGACCUGGAUCAUCAUCAUCAUCAUGUGGCUGAUGGGCCAGACAGAAUAUAUAUGGAUUACAACGCCACCACACCAGUCGAUCCAGAGGUGGUCAAGGUUAUUACUGAUGCUUUAACUGAUGCAUGGGGAAAUCCCAGCAGUAAUUACGUACCAGGUCUGAAAGCCAGAGAUAUUAUUUAUCAUUCCAGAGACACUAUUGCCAGAAUGGUUGGUGGAAAAGCAGCAGACAUUAUUUUUACUUCAGGAGGAACUGAGGCCAAUAAUCUAGUGUUUCACACAGCUGUGGAGCACUUCAAUAAAAGCAAGACUUCUGCCGAGGGAAGCACAAACAAGCAGCUAAAUGGAAAAGGCUCCCUGCCCCAUAUUAUCAUCUCCAAUGUAGAACACGACUCCAUCAAACUCACAGCUGAACACUUGUUAAAAGAGGGCAAAGCAGAUGUCACAUUUGUGCCCGUUUCCAAGGUCACGGCACGGGUGGAGGUCGAGGAUGUCCUUUCAGCGAUUCGUCCCACCACCUGCUUGGUGUCGAUCAUGAUGGCCAAUAAUGAGACAGGCAUCAUUAUGCCAAUUAAGGAUAUUUGUCAGAGGGUGAGGGAAGUAAACAAACAGAGGUCAGCUUCAGCUCCCAGAAUCCUCCUGCACACUGAUGCAGCACAGGCUAUCGGAAAGAUACGAGUGGAUGCACGUGAGCUGGGAGUAGACUAUAUUACCAUUGUAGGACACAAGUUUUAUGGCCCUCGAAUUGGAGCUUUGUUUGCAAAUGAUCCUGGAACCACAACUCCGGUUUACCCUCUGUUUUUUGGAGGAGGGCAAGAGCGCAACUUCAGACCAGGAACUGAGAACACAGCAAUGAUUGCUGGUCUGGGAAAGGCUGCAGAAUUGGUAAGCUCAAAUCUAGCAGAGUAUGAAGCCCAUUUCCUGGACAUCCGAUGUUAUUUAGAGCAAAGGCUGCUUGAUGUCUUUGGAAGAGAUAAGAUUCAUUUUAACAGCCAUUUUCCUGGCUCUGGCAUUUUGCCCAACACAUGCAACGUAUCCAUUUUGGGAAGGGGACUUCAAGGGCGUAGAGUGCUUUCCACCUGUAGGAGGUUGUUGGCCAGUGUGGGUGCUGCCUGCCACUCAGACAGAGGAGAUCAACCUUCCCAUAUUCUUCUAAGCUGUGGGAUUCCCUAUGAUGUGGCUACUAAUGCUUUGAGGAUCAGUGUGGGUAGAAGUACGUCCCGUGAAGAUGUGGACAUUGUCGUGGAGGAUCUGAGGGACACUGUAGAGCAACUGGAGCGGAUGAACUAGCACCUUGGAUAUUGUGUGUGCCUAUAUAUGGAUAUUGAACUUCAACCAAAAAGGACAAAUUUUAUUGAAAGGUUUUAGUUUAUAGCUAUGUGGCUUUGCACAUAGAUUAGAUGGUGCGUCAUGGGUAUAGAGUUCAGGUUUCAGGGUCAUUUUCAGGUUGCACUAUAUUGAUCUAUAAGAGUUCUUUAUUUAGGAGAAUAUAUUUAAUAUAAAUCUUCUUUGCUUUGCAAAUAGAUUAAAUGGUGUGUCAUGAGGAUAAAGAUCAGGCUUCAGGGUCAUUGUCAGGUUGCACUAUACUUGGGCCAGUUGCAUAAACUUAGCCAAAGGGUAAUCCUAUUUUUUUGCAUUCAACUAAUCUACAUUUUUAUCUAACUGAAAUGAAAAAAUCAUGACCAGUCUUAAAGAAAAAAAUUAGCUAACUUUUAAGACUAGUCUUAAGCUUUUAUGCAACCAGCCCCAGAUCUAAGAGCAAUGUUACAAGUAACGUGAGUUACGUAAUCAGAUUACUUUUUUCAAGUACCUAGUAAAGUAACGCAUUACUUUUUAAUCUUCAAGAAAAUAUCUGAGUUACUUUUUUUUUCUCCCAUUUAUUGACUGAAAGCUCUUUUGUCCCCAUGUUGAGAGAAAUCGGGAAUAAGAUGUAACUUUAGUUCUAGAAUAAAUGUGAACAUGCAUUAAUUCAUCUCACUCGCUUACAAAAAAAACAGAUUCAGUAUUCCUCAAAAUAAAUUUACAAAGUUAAGUGCAACUCAGAAUAUAACGCAAACCUGCAAUAAUUAAAUAUCCUUUGUUUUUUAAUCCCAUUUUAUUAACCAGUGUCUUUGCUUCUGACCUUUGAUGAUCCAAUAUAACCAUACUAAUAAGCAAAAAUUAUUCAAGAUAAACUAACAUUUGUUGUUCUUCUUUUUUUAUUGCUGAAGAGUGUUGAACUUUCUUCUGCGUUCUACUGUACAAACGUGAUUUUAUUUUUCCUUUAUCCUGAGGCUUUUGGUGUAAACAGGCUUUUACAUUUGCCAAAAAUAUAACUUUUUAUAUUAAAAACAAACAAGGAAUCCCAGCCCAGAUUUAAAAAGUAAUGCAAAAGUAACGUAACGCAUUACUUCCCACAAACAGUAACUAAGUAACGUAAUUGGUUACUUUUUUAAGGGAGUAACGCAAUAUUGUAAUGCAUUACUUUUAAAAGUAACUUUUCCCAACACUGUCUAAGAGCUUGUUGUUUAGCAGAACAAAAUGUUUAACAUAAAUAUUGUUUGGUAAAGCAUAUUUCAUAUAUGAAACUUCAGGGAUUUUAACUAAAUAGUAAAUGAUAAAUACCAUAAGCAGCUUGCAUAUGAGGGUGUGCAAUGUGUAUGAUCUACAAAAAAAAAAUUACAUGAAAUAUCAAUGUAUCAUUUUUUUGUAGCUAUUGCACACUCCUACUUGCAUAUGAUUGUUGGCUUUGGUCAUGGUCAGAGUUUUUUUAACAGGGAUUCUUCGUUAUUUGGUUUAGUAUUUAGUGGUUAGUUUGCCCCUCCUGGUUUUGUAUUUAAUACACUGUGAUAUGUUGCAUUGUUUUUAAACGGUUUCAUAAUUUAAUUAUGUGAAUUAUUUUAAUUAUGUUGUAGAUGUUCAUAC